ACUGCUGCCACCCACAACCCCAACCCUCUGGAAGAUCUGCCAUCUGAGUGUAGGGUGGGUUUUGCACUUCCCGGGAUCUGGCUCCAGCCAUACGUCUGUCUCUCCACCCCCAGGAUCACAACAAAAACCCGCCAUGCCUCUGGGAACACCUGCCUCCCAAAACAAGCGGAAAACGCUCUCAAAGAUCAUAACUGACCUAUCACAUAUCACUCAGGAUGAGUAUGAGGAGGAGCCAGAGGCAUCUGAGUUCGACCUAGGAACAAAGAUCAGGACUCCCAAAGAUAUCAUGCUAGAGGAGCUUUCCCUGCAGAACAACCGAGGAUCCAAGAUGUUCAAGAUGAGGCAGAAGAGAGUGAAUAGGUUCAUUUACGAGAACAACCCAGACAUCUUCAGCAGUGAGUCUAUGGACAACCUACAGAUGUUUGUUCCCUCUCUGGGUGGUCAGGUGGGAGGUCAGAUAAUAACUGUCGGUGGGCAUUUUGUUAGCAAAGACGUUGGACAGCUGCAUUUUGUAGGGCUAAAUACUGGAGGUGGGGCCCCUGUGCCUCCUCCAAAGCCUGGAAGCAAAGGUGCAGGAGCAGGAGGAGCAGGAGGAGCAGGAGGUGCAGGAGAAGCAGGAGGACUGGGUGGGGGCGACCAUGGAAAAGGUGGAGAAGGAAGUAGUGAGUGGUCUCCACUAAAAGGAGGUGGAAGGGAUGAUAAGAAGGGCAUGCAUGUGAAGACAUUCAUAUCGCCAUGGGAGAAGGCCAUGAAGGGUGAUGAAAAUCUGAUAGCCACUCUGAAAGUUACAAUGCCUGGUCCCAUUGAUAAAAAGGAUAUGCCCAAAUGGAAAAGCUUCAACAGGUCUGCCAUACCCUACGGUGGCUUCGAGAAGGCCAACCAGUUCCUGAAAUUCCAGCUGCCAGAAACUGAGACCAAACAGGAGCCUGAAACCGCAGUGGUGUACCAACAUGACAUCGGCUGCCGGCCUUCCUUCAACCGCACUCCUAUCGGCUGGGUGGGCAGCAGUGAGCCCAGCAGCAUUCAUAUGGAGACGGAUGCUGUGCCCUUCGAUGGAGAGACCGACGAGCUGUGA